UCCCACAAAUGAAGAAGGGAUGAAAAAAAGAGAACUGGAAAUACGAAACCCUAAACCCAUCAUCGCUCCCAGAAAGUUGUAUCGGUUUCUCUUCUUAAGUUUUCUUCACCAUCUCAAGAUUAAGCUUUUUGGGUUCAUUACAGGAAAAUGUUGAAAUUCUUGUCGAGAGUGAAAAUCGAGUUCAACGCGUUGGACCCGCGAACGGCGUCGUGUAUGGAGUUUCUGGCGCAAUGCAACUCGCGGAAGGCGAAGGAGUCGAACCCGGCGUGCGAAGUGGAGGUGAAGCGCGUGAGGGAAGAGCGCGCGCCGCAGAUAACGGUGACGUUCGUUAACGGCGUUGAGGAAGUGUUCGACGCGACGGCGACGCCGGCUCAGAGCAUACGAAACUUGAUUCUGGAAAAGGGUCAGCACCUCGAGACGGAGCAGAUGUUCCGCGAAGCUGGGGAACCCUGGCCCGUUGUCAUCCCCGACGAGGAGCUCUCGCAAAUCGCACCCCCUACCAAACCAAGGAAAGCAGAAGACAAGAAGCAAUAGGCAAUAGCUGAAUAUUGUUGAGCUUAUUAACGGCUAUGGAUUCUUCUGGGUUUUGUCACCCUUUCUCUUGUUUCUUUUUGGUGGGAGAUAUGGCAUCUGAUUCCUGCUGUUGGUGCUGCAUACCUUGCUGUAUUUCAGCACUUAAUUAUUGAAUGCAUAACUAUGUAUGAGUUGCACAAUAAUGUAAGGCUCUGAAUUGCUAAUUUUGAAACUGUAAUCUUGUCAUGAUUGUUUUUGCUUAGUUUGGUUUCCAGAGGAUAAUUACCGUUUGCAUGCA